CAUAAUCACGGACAAAGAUAUCUUAAGUCCGUGGACAUAGGUAACAAAAAUACAAAUUCGAUUUACCCGUUUUUUGUUAUCUAGUCAGAUAUUAAUUAUUUAAAAAUAUGUGGUGUCUAAAACCCAUAGGUCUAUUAUUUCUUAUACUAUAUACCCACCGGUCAUUGAUUGAUUCAUAGAAAACAAAUAUUAUAAAUAUUAUUAACAAAUUUAAUAAUUAAAAAAUUACUAACCUGGAUUGAUUCUCCGGACAAAAAAUGAAUUAUUUGAUGGCACAGAAAAUUACAUUUUUUUUAUAAUUUGUCAUAAUUCUUCCUUGUUAAAAUUUUCGAAUACACCUAAUGGCUUUAGAAUUGUCAAUUGGUUCUAUCGAGAAACUAUGCAAUGGUACUCCUGUACAACGGCCGAUCGUCCAAUUAAUGGGUUUUGAGGCUGUGCAGGUGAAACCCGAUAAAACAAAUUAUCGUCUAGUGUUGUCAGAUGGCAUCCAUAUGAACUCUUAUUUUUUCCUGUGCGGUCAGUUGAAUGAUUUAAUUGUAAAAAAACAAGUGAAGUAUGCAACUAUUUUGAGGAUUGAUAAAUACAAAUUUAUGGAUGGAGAAAAUUCCACUGACCAUAGUCCAAGGUGGAUUAUACUUAUUCAAGAAGUAACUGUAUUAAUUCACAGGAAUGUUUAUGGAAAUCCGCAGCCUUUAAUAAAUAUUGAAAAAAAAGAAAUGCCACUUAUAAAUUUAAAUUUAAAUAAAUGUCAUAGUAGGGUAUUUUAUUGUAUUGAACAUUUAGAAAAUAUUCUUAUGAGUGUUAAAGAUUUAACUACACUACCUAAUGGGAGCUGUCCCUUAGUUCUAAAACUGACUGUUGUAAAAAAAAGUUCUAUCAAUACAUACAACAGUUGUAGAGUUUUAAAUGUCAAUAUGAUGGAUUCUACAGGUGUAGUUCGUGUCAGUGCAUUCAAUUCACUUUCAAAUACCCUAAGUGAAAUAUUUGAGGAAAACAAAACUUAUUAUAUAGCAGACACAAUAUUGAAACACAACCAAUUUGGCAUUGAACUAAAACUCCAAUCUCAUUCAGUAAUAAUUGAAAGUAUUGAUAAAGUCCAGCCAAAAAUGCAAUACAUUAAAACAUCUAAUUUUAAUAAAUUAUUAGAAAACAAUCCAAAUACGUUUUGCGAUUUAAUUGGUGUGUGCAUAGAAGUAGGUGAUUUAGAAGUGUGCAGUAAUUCAAAGUCUAGAACAGAAAUUGCGAAACGAGAAAUUGUAUUGAUCGAUAUGUCAAUGGCAACUAUAACUUUAAAAGUGUGGGGUGAACAAGUUAACAAAUUUGACGAGAAGUUUGAUGACCCACCAAUAGUAUUGGUUAAGCAAGCUGUACUCAAACAAUUCAAUGGGACUAAGUUUUUUUCUAUGGUCAAAUUCAGUGUUCUGUUCAUCAAUCCAAAUUUAGCGGAAGUACAUCAGUUAAAAGAAUGGUAUAAACAGUUGGUUGCUAUGGAUGACUUUUAACAGUAUCGUAAUAAUUAACUUACUAUAUUUAAGUACCCGAAAAGCUUGUUAUUAUAAAUAUAUUUUUAAACUAUAAUUGUUUAAUUGUUAUUCGAGGAGCAGAGUACAAGAAAAAUAUGUAAACCAAAACAUUAAAAUUUGUUUUAUCUAAAAAAAACUUCUAAGGUUGUUUUUAUAAAUACCUUUUGUACAUAGUUAUGCUGUUCCUAUUUUUAUUACUAAAAAUGUUAAUUUGUAAAUAUAUUAUUAAUAUUUUAUAUGUUAGUUAUCAUUAUAAUUUAAUUAGUGUUGUGACGAAUAUGUGAAGCAUCUCUGUUCUUAAACACCAAAAAAUAUAUCUGAGAAGAGCUUUUUCUUUAUUUUAUGUAGAAUUUGACAAUUGUAUUAAAAAAACUUCAAAAGUUAUUUCAAAAUGCAGGUACAAUUCCAAUGAGUUCUAAAAAACUCACUAAAAAUGUCAUCUUCUCUGUAUGUUUGUCCUGAGUUUAUAAAUUAUAUUGUGUGUACUUUGUGUUUUUUACUUUAUGUCAUGGUAAAUUAAAUAGGUAUGUCAGCAACAUACCGGUUUUGAAACAAAUCCUGCAUCCACCCUCCACCCAGCAUUGUAAUGUUAAGUAAGCAUUUCGCUGUUCUCAGUGGUCUGCUGCAACCUAAUCCUAAGCUAUAAAAGUUGUUUAUACAUUUUUAACUACAAAAUUACAAUUUUCUGUGUAAAUUUGAAACAUUUCUUAUAUUAUACACAAUACAAGGACCUAUUAAGUUAUAGUUAUAGAUGAAGUCUAUGACACAAUGACAUUUUCAAAAUGAUUAGAAUUAUUUUAUACUAUUGGCAAUUUAAAUUUUAUACCACACACCUAUUCAUACCUUCCUGCGGUAAAUCAGUAAUGAUUAAAAAGUUAAUAAACAAUAUUUUUUUUUUUU